UAUCAAAAAAUAGAUUCACGGAAAUUCCUCCUGAUGUAUGGCUGUUCGCACCACUCGAGACAUUAAAUUUGUAUCACAAUUGCAUCAAAUCCAUUCCCGAAGCUAUUAAAAAUCUACAGAUGUUAACGUAUCUUAACAUUAGUCGAAAUCUUUUAUCAACAUUGCCAAAAUACCUGUUUGACCUGCCCCUUAAGGUGUUGGUUGUUAGUAAUAAUAAGCUAGUUUCCAUUCCAGAAGAAAUUGGAAAAUUGAGAGACCUAAUGGAGUUGGAUGUUAGCUGUAAUGAGAUUCAGGUCCUUCCCCAGCAAAUAGGAAAAUUGCAGUCACUCAGAGAGUUAAACAUAAGAAGAAAUAAUCUCCAUAUGUUGCCAGAUGAAUUGGGAGACCUCCCCUUGGUAAAGCUGGAUUUUUCUUGUAAUAAAGUUACAGAGAUCCCAGUUUGUUACAGGAAAUUACGCCAUUUACAAGUAAUAAUUCUGGAUAACAAUCCAAUGCAGAUACCACCAGCACAGAUAUGUUUAAAGGGCAAAGUACACAUAUUUAAAUUCCUCAGCAUUCAGGCAUGCCUCAGAAUAGAUAAAAAACCAGAUUCUUUGGAUCUUCCAUCAUUGGGAAAACGAAUCCCCUCCCAGCCACUGACAGACAGCAUGGAAGACUUUUACCCCAAUAAAAACCAUGGUCCUGACUCUGGCAUUGGCAGUGAUAAUGGAGAUAAAAGACUGUCUACCACCGAACCAUCUGAUGAUGAUACAAUCAGCCUUCACUCUCAGGUAUCAGAAUCAACAAGGGAACAGACUUUAAGAAACGACAAUCAUUUAAUAGGAAAUAAACACGACUCACAGAAAGACCAGGAGGUGGAUGAUUAUAUUGACCCUAAUGCGGAAGAUGCAGCUAUUCCUGAACAAGGAGAUGUACAAAUUGGACCGUUUAUCUCUUACAUUAAGGAACAAGGAAAGCAUCCUGAGAAAUCUCAGAAAAUAGAACGGAAUGAAGACUGGGGGGAUGAAAAACGGCUUCAGAAAGAACAGUUGUUGGCAGAGGAAGAAGAUGAACUGAAGGAAGUGACUGACUUGAGAAAAAUAGCAGCUCAGCUACUGCAGCAGGAGCAAAAAAACAGACGGAGACCAUUAAGCUAUAGAACUUCAUUCAGUGAAAAGCUGUUCCAGAGGACAAGGGCAGCAGGACGUGCAUCAAGACUCCUUAAUCAUUCGACCUCAGUAAGCACAAGAAACAGGCCAAAGCAGCAGACCGUGGAAUCCGAAAAAAGUGUCUCAGCAGAUGAAGCAAACUCUCCGUUGUCUCCAUACAGCUGGCAGCCUCUAGAAAAUCAGAAGGAUGAGACAGAUGAGCAGCACUGGCCAGAAACUCAACCAGUUAUUUGGCAGAAUGAAGAGAGGAGGAAGAGCAAACAACUUAGAAAGGAAUAUUUCAAGUACAAGUCUUCCAGAAAGAGUUCAAGUGGAAAUGAAAAUGAUGAGCAAGACAGUGAUAAUACUAAUGUGUCUCCACAGUCUCCUGUAUCGUCUGAGGAUUAUGAAAGGACAGACAGUAACUCUCAUGGUCCAUUUGGUCUCAAACCUAGGUCAGCUUUCAGCCGUACAUCGCGCCAGGACUAUGGAGCAGUGGACCCUGGAUUUACAAUGAGAAGGAAAAUGGAGCAUUUAAGGGAAGAAAGGGAACAAAUAAGACAGCUUCGCAAUAAUCUUGAAUCAAGGUUAAAAGUGAUGUUGCCGGACGACAUUGGGGCGGCAUUGAUGGAUGGUGUGGUUCUUUGCCAUUUAGCCAAUCACAUAAGGCCACGUUCUGUUGCCAGCAUUCAUGUACCAUCACCAGCAGUGCCUAAACUCAGCAUGGCAAAGUGCCGAAGAAAUGUUGAAAACUUUUUGGAUGCUUGCAAAAAAUUGGGCGUCCCCCAGGAAAGGCUUUGCUUGCCUCACCAUAUUUUGGAAGAAAGGGGUCUAGUGAAAGUUGGUCUCACCGUUCAGGCUCUGCUUGAACUGCCACCAUCUAAGGCGUCUCAUCUUUCCUCUGUGUAACGUGACUUUUGGAAACCAGACAAACCAACCUUUGAUCUGUUGAUUUGGAUUGCUCCUGGGCGAUUCAGCUUCCUGAUUGGGAACAUCCAAGCCAUCAAAAAGUCAUUUCUGCCCAGAUACUUUAGACAGAGCCUUAUUCUGGAGUUAAACAUGAACCUUGUUGUGAAGCAGACAAUUACCUGAAUAUGUUGGUAUUCUGAUUUCUUUUUGGGUUUUUUUAAAGUGUGGAUGCACAAGAGAUUUUGACAGCAUCAGGUUCACUUUCCAGGUAAUAUAAGUUCCAAGUUUCCCAUUAAUGUUUCAUGGUGUUACAUCUAAAAAUUUAAUUUUUUAGCUACCUUCAGUUGAUUUAAAAAAAAAAAAAAGCCCUCCUGUAAAGCGUUUAAAUCAAUUGUUUGGUUUAAAUAUACAGUUCAAAAUACGGCGACUGUAUGAUGGUGAAAAUCUGAGUGACUGAUCGCAUUUAAUCCAUUUUAACAUUUCAAAUAGCGCUGCCUUUUGGGUUCUUGAUUUCUUGCACUCUUGUAAUUUAUACAUUUUUAACAGCCCCAGUAUUUAGUUGGACAGAAGUUCAUUACACAAAAGAGUAUACAGUAAAAAGGACAGAUUUCACGGGGGGUUUUCCAGUCUUCUAGGUUGGUGCCAAAAUCUUUUUUCAGUUGUACUGUAGAUUGUUUACAUGUGAAGUGCCUGUGUAAUUGAUGACUUAAUAAUAGUCUUAAACAUUUUUGCAAUUUCUUUAUGUCUGAAAUAGAUACAAUGGGAAUUUUUAAAUAUUUUAAUAGUUUUUUGUAAGGUCAGUGAUAUGUGAAGAUAUAAAUGAUGCUUCACAUUUUUGAUGUUGGAUGUUUUAAGUUUGUUGCACAAUUUAAUUACUUAUUAUGGUGUCUAAUGAUGGGAAAUAAUGUAAAUACAUUUUAUUUAUGCUAUUUAAUUUGAUAAUAUCUAAUCAUUUCUGUUUUAAUGUAUUGUUGGACAAAAAUUGUCAUUUUUUAAUUAUUUUCCUUGUUUGGGACAAACAAUAACAUACACAGUAAAUAAGAUGUAUAAGGACUAGUGACGCAUACAUAGUAAUCAUUAAGGACAUUUUGAUAAAAAUGCCAAAAUCUCAGGUUUAUACUGUGACUUUCAGGAUUUUACAUUGUGUUGUUCCUGACUUCACAUUACAUUUUUACGACAAGAAUCUUCAUAAAUUAGUUUAAAAAAUCAGACUAGGAAUCCUUAUAUUCUUUGCUGUUGAGAGAACUUGCUGGUUUGGGAUUUAUUGUGAAAAUUAGCCACUUGCGUGGCAUAGCGUAUAAUCAGGUUGCACCUGGUGGCUCUCUACAGUUAACUCUGUGCCAAGAAUAUCAAACUCUUGGGGGGCAGAUAUAAAAAAAAAUAAAUCCCCACAAUGGAAGUUUUCUCAACUACUGGAUUUAAAUACCUGUUUGGUUUUUACACGUGUUCAGAUUGGUAUAUUGCUUACAAUGGUCUAAGAAGCAGAGUUGACUUCCCCAAAAACAAAUUCAGGUGUGUCGGAUACUUUGUUUUAGAUAAGUGUGUGUGUGUGCAUUCGUUACCUCUCUAGUGAAUAUGUAGGUCACUCAGAAAUGUUAGUUGAGGUCUGGGUAUGUCACAGACUUUAUACUUUUGGGCUAGGUUACUGUAGGUGAAAAGAAAAAAAACCUAGUGUGCCAAACAAAAUAUGUAACAAAAAAUGGUUCUGCUAUUGCCAAUUGACAUACUUUAUUUAAUUUCAUUUGGCAAAGGAACAAGGAGCAAAUGUUCUUUUAUUCUGUCCGUCCUUCCUUCCUUUCAAUGGACCAAUAAGCCAGUCAAAAGAAAUUAAAAAAAAAAAUGUGCUGGCUACAAGAUUUAGAAGGUUACGUUAUUCUAAGACUUUGUUGAACUGAAAUCUGUUGAAAUAAAAGUGAUUUAUGUGCUAUAAUUAAAAUAUGCUAUUGUAAAUACAGCAUAGUUCUCAAAAGUAUGGCUCACUGAAAAAACUCGUGCCCUCUGCAAAAUUAUAGAUAUAACAAUACAUUUAAAAUAUCAGCUAAGCAUGUAGUCGAAUGGGGAAAAUGAAAUAGUCUCAGUGUAAUAUCAGCCACUAAAAUAAGUACCCUUAUUUAUCCUUUCUCUGAAUAAAUUAAUUUUAACCGUUUACCUUAAAUUAUUUUGAAAAUGAGCUCUCUUAAAAAUGUAUCAGUAAAGUUGUUCUCAUUUCAUGUAAAUGGAACAUAAUUAGUUCAGUUUUUUAAAAAGAACAAGCCAAGCUUAGUUUGAUAAGGAGCCUUUUGUUUUAUUGUACAUGCUACUUUGGAGUAGCUGAAGAAUUAGUUUAUCGUUCAAAAGAGAAAAUAUAUUGUAUAGCAGCUCUUGCCCUCUGGACAACGAGCGUACGAGUUUCUGUUCCAGUAUGUUAGCCAUGGGCUUGCUGGUUGCUUAUCUGAUUUGGACUGUGACGGCAUAAGCAUCGGACUCUUGUGCUUUAAAUAUUUCCACCGGUCUUUUAUUUAUUUUUUUGCUGGACCAAUAUUUCCCCUGUAAAUCUUGCUCAGGUCACUGAACCUUGCACUUGGCACCCCUUCGAAUGAACUGUUUUGUUGAUCGCUUGAUUUCCCAGUCAUCAUGUAGCAGAAGAUGAUAGAAGUUUAUGCCCACAGGGAAAAAUUAAAAAGUCUGGCUCUGUGUUGUGUGCCAGUUGUUUAACAAUUAUGUAAAAGUUAGUGCAUAUUUCUGUAAGUAUUUUAAAAAAUGACUUGGAAAAGAAAUUUAAACAUGAAGUCAUUGUGGAUUAUCUCCCUAUAUGUGUGAUAAACAGUAAAAUGCCAGUUAAUGUUGCCUAAGGCUAUCAGUUAAUUUUUUUAGAAGUAGCAUCUUCAUGACUAUUCUGCAAGUGGCCUUGCCUGCCCGCUGUCUGCAGAUACGAUUCUGGCCCUAUGUCAUGUCCUGGCAGGAAGAGCCCACUGGAUGAGGCAAGAUGUGGCACGUAAGCCAAAGUUGUUCCUCCAGCAUUUCCUGCUUCACCAUGGUAAAAAUGUUGUGGCUUUCUAGGAUGUCUGAGAGCGCGAGCCUGGGAAUCUCUGGGGAGAGGACCCCCACGUCUAGACAGCUCUCAUCUCCGCUAACCGCACUAAUUUAGUAUGGGUUUUGUAGAGCCAUUCUGAAAUUAGCUGCAUCCCCAUGCUGCUGUUUUGGCUGCAGCUGCUGACGAGAUUGGAAAGGAGUUUGUGCAGCUCCAGUGUUUAAGGGGUCAGUUCCCACCCCCCCCCGGAGGACUCGACUCCUCGGCAUGCUCCCCUUCCCUGUCCCUGCCACAGCAUGCAAUAGGUAGACAAGCUUAUUUGGGUAAAUGUGAGGGGGUCUUGGUUGUCUGCCUAUGUUCUUAGACCAACACAGCUACAACCAGCACCCCCAACAGCAUUCAAUAGAAACCCCACACCUGCAGCCCCAGCGAGCAAAUGAACGGCCAGGAUCACUGGAUCUAUCUCAAGUGAGCCCUGGAUUUUCAUGCCGAAAGCAAAGACAUGCACAGGAAACCGUGCGUGAUGCCUGUGAUUAGCAGUGCCGGCUCCCAGAGGAGAGCGGCCGUGGGAAGAUGCGAGAACUGUGGUAGUGAGGUUUUGUAUGUAUAUUUAAAGUGCUGUUCCUUAGAGUCUCCAGUCUUAUGAAGAGCCAUCAGUCAUUUUCUUAUAUGUUUUUGCCUUCUGAUGACCUCAGGAGACCCUCCUUCCCUUUACUUGUGGGAAACUGCUCUGUGGCAUUUACUGAAGUGCAGGCAAUACCUUGCCUCUCCUUAGGUGAGCUCUGGGGUUUCCAUUUCAUUUAGGACGUCGUGCAGUUACUCAGAGUUUGGCCUGGCUGUGUGGGGGCUUCAGAAGUGCACAGCAGUGGCUCCUGUUGCAGCUUAUUGCAGUUUUUUCCCCGAGUUGGUUGGGAGCAGGGUUAGGCCAAGAGUAAGAAUUUUUGGAAAUCUCCCUCGAGUUUGGAUUAUUGAUCUGUUCCAGGAGCUAGAGUUCUUCAGUACCAAGCCCCUUAAUCAGGGUGACUGCAGUCAGGUAAAGCUAUGGCCUGGUGCAUUUGACUCGUUUCUGUGCGACUGAACGUACCAAGAUAUUUCCUCGGGUGGGGUGCGGAGAAGUGGAAUAUUCUCCUGUAUAGGUUCAGGAUGUUUUGGUGGGUGCAGUGUGUCCCAUGGGAGUGUCCUUUUCUUUGAGCAGUACAGUACGUCUUGCCUAGAUGCCUUCAGCAGGCAUGUCUACACGUGCGCUUUAAUGCACAUUAGCCUAUUUUAAUGCACGUUAAAUCGUCACUUUAAAAAGUCCUGUCUUGUUAAUGCGCAUUAGGUGUCAGUGAAAAACUGUGCUCUUUAGUUAAUGCACAUUGAGAUAAGCCAAUGCGCAUUUUCCUAGGACCUCAGAAUGGAGGGUGCGUCUACACAUGCACUUUAAUGUGCAUUAGCCUGUUUUAAUGCACAUUAAAGCAUCACUGGAAAAAAAUUUAUUUAGUUAAUGCACAUUAAAAUAGGCUGGCGCGCAUUAAGCAUCACUUAAACUCUGGAGCAUUUAUACACGUAUCUUUUUGUCCUGCGAUGCAUGGGAGAUCCACCGCUUCGGAGCGGACUGUGCUGCAUGCGGUUGUAUGAGUGGCAAAAUGUGCAUCGGCACUCAGAAAAUGGCAGUGGAGUGCUUUUGAUGCAGUUUAGAUCAAGAGCGUGCCGCCGCCAUUUUCUCAUCACUGAUGCACGCUUCGCUGCUUAUACAACUGUGAGCGUCGCAGCGCCGGGUGCUUUUCAAAGUGCCUGGCACUGCGGCACUUGCAUGUGUAAAAAUACCCGUGCUCUU